AUGAUUCUCAGGUCCAAAACACUCGCUGCUGGCUCAGCGCUGGUCGCUGUAGUUCGCGCUUCGCAACCUGGAGCUGCCGCGCCUGUCCCAGGUCCCAUGAGAGACCUCACUUGGGGUCAGAUUAACUUUAUCCACACAACUGAUACACAUGGCUGGAUUGGCGGUCAUUUUCAAGAGCCUCAAUACUCUGCCGAUUGGGGUGACUACAUCUCCUUCACCAAGCAUAUGCGCGACGAAGCCGAUAAGCAGGGCGCCGAUCUACUAGUCGUCGAUACAGGCGAUCGCGUCGAAGGAAAUGGGUUAUACGAUGCAUCAACUCCCAAAGGCCUCUUCCAAUAUGAUAUUUACGCCGAAGCCGAUGUCGAUAUCAUGUGUACCGGCAACCAUGAGCUUUACAAAGCUUACUCGGCUGAUAUGGAACACAAUACCACUGUUCCCAACUACAAGAACAGCUACCUAGCUUCGAAUCUCGAUUAUAUCGACUUCAAGACCGGCAAUCGUGUUCCUCAGGCUCCGCGCUACAAGAAGCUCAAGACAAAGAACCAGGGCCUCAACAUCGUGGCCAUGGGCUUCCUCUUUGACUUUACCGGAAAUGCCAACAACACCGUUGUCCAGCCCGUUGAGCAGACCGUUAAGGAGGAUUGGUUCCAGGAGGCCAUUCGGGAGAAGCCUGAUCUCUUUGUUGUGAUUGGUCAUGUCGGCCUUCGCAUGGAGGAGUUCAAGGUUAUCUUUACUGCCAUUCGUAAACAGAACUGGCAUAUCCCCAUCGCCAUUUUCGGCGGUCAUGCACACGUUCGCGAUGCUGUUCAGUACGAUUCCGGCGCUUUUGCUAUGGCCAGUGGUCGUUACUUUGAGACGAUCGGAUGGAUGUCGAUCGAUGGUAUCAAGAAGGGUGUCGAGGGUAGCAAGGAGGUCAAGGCAGCUGCUUCUCCUACCUUCACCCGUCGGUACAUCGACAACAAUCUUUACGGCCUGCAUUAUCACACUGGUCUCAAUGAGACUACUUUCCCUACCGAGCACGGAAGGAGAGUCAGCAAGUCGAUCACUCGUGCCCGCAGUGCACUUCAACUCGACUACAAGUUUGGCUGCGCACCUAAGACACUCUGGAUGACCCGAGCCAAGCACACUGACAAGAACAGCAUUUACCACUGGAUCUCAAGCCAGCUUCUUCCCGAUAUUGUCACCCGAAAGGAUCGCAAGGAUAAGCCGAGAUUGGCUCUCUUCAACACCGGCGGUAUUCGAUUCGACAUUUUCAAGGGAGGCUUCACACGAGACUCCACUUAUGCCAUCAGCCCAUUCACCAGUGGUUUUAGUUACAUUCCCGAUGUUCCAUACAAAGCCGCUUCCAAGGUUAUCUCUCUUCUCAACAGUGCUGGAAGAAUCCUUACUGAGAACGGUCUUGACGCCAAGUACAUGGCCAUGCCCGAGCAAGCUUUCCCUGCUCCCGCUCUCAAGGCCCAAUUCGAGGCGAACAAGAAUGAUGAAGAAGAUUCGCGUCUUGAACUCCGAAGUUUCUUCGAUAAGCCUGAUCUGACAUCCGGCUACACUACCGUCGACGAUAUCGGCACUGAUGGCGAUGAUACUAUUCAUGAGCCCGUCAAGACGUAUCAACAACCCAACUGUAUCCAGGCUGAGAUUGCCAUGCCCAAGGAUGGUGAACCUGAGACGGUUGACUUUGUGUUCCUUGACUUUCUCCAGCCUUGGAUCAUCCCUGCCCUGAAGCUUGCGGGAGCUGGUGAUUUUAGUGAUGGCCAUGUUGAGCGAUACAUCGAAGGUACAUUUACGUACCUUAUGGCUGAUUGGAUCAGCAAGAAUUGGCAGGGUGACUGUUAA